GAAUCGGUGAAAACAUUAAAAGACAUUUUAAAACUGUGGAUCAUUUAGUUGCAUUUCGUUGGCAAAUUAUUGCAAUAAAAAGCAUUUGAUGACAUUAAUAAGAAAAGAUCAUCAGUUUCUGGUAACUUGAUUGAGUAAGUGUGUGGCGGUGUUCGUUUUCAUGGGGCGAUGGAUUUGUCGUUUUCUGGCGAAUCAGCACUAGAAAAACAUGCCGCACAAUAAAAGCCAGCUCGUCAGUCUGAUCAAAGGGCGUGGACAGGCCGGUUUUAGCGAGUAUGAGGUACUGAAAAUUUUCUGUGACGUGUGCGAAUCGCUCGCUCAGUUGCACUGCGGCCAAUCGCCGGUUAUUUAUCGAGAUCUGAAGGUGGAGAAUGUCAUUCAAAAUGACAUGGGACGGUUUAUCCUGGCAGAAACCGAGACAGCAACAACGCGUUUCUGGAACCCGGUAGCGCAUGGUAAGAAAACAGUCGAAGAAGAAAUCCAAAAAAAUACCACUGCGUCAUACCGUGCUCCCGAGAUGAUCGAUCUUAAUUCUGGUCACAGCAUUACAACCAAGGUGGACAUUUGGGCAUUAGGAUGUCUGCUGUAUAGGCUUUGUUUCGGGACAGCACCAUUUGGCGAUAGCUCAAAAGCUAUUUUAUACUGUCAGUAUAACAUUCCAGAAGUAUCGAAAUACUCGCUAGAACUUUAUCAAUUAAUACGAUUGUUGCUAGAACCAGAUCCCGAGAAACGACCCAGCAUCUAUCAAGUGUGCGAGUUUGCAUUUAAGAUUGCCGACAAAGAUAACCCACUGCGGAUAAUCCGUGAACGACAGAGGGCACAACCCGCCGCAAAUCCGUGCAUGUCGGAACAAACAGAAAAAAAGACUAUGCCCGUCGUGGUUGGAACUGCAGCAAUUAGCAGCACCAGUGUUACACCACGGUCCAGACCAAAACCUCAGCAACCCAAUCCGCCUGGUUUUAACUUAGUUCCUUUGGCGUUGAACUCUGCGUCCCCAAAAAAUACAGUUUCACCAGUUCCAGGAGCGGAAGCUACUACUGCUGGACAAAUUCCCGAGAAAAGCAUGUUUAUUGCAAAAUUUAGCGACAAAUUUCCACAGGAGAAAUCAUCCACAAAAAGUCCCACUUCAAGCGGGAAGGAGCCGCUGAUAUCUGGUAAUGAACAUCAUCAUCGGAGUGUUGCUGAUAGUGGAUUCAGAUUCUUCACAUCGGAAGCCAACCACUUGAUGAUUCCCCCGUCAUCACCGGCGACGUCGAAAGAAAAAUCGGCAACAGUUUCGCCGGCGUCAUUAUUAUCUCCGUUCGAACAGGAACCACCCUCAUCUUCAUCAUCAUCGACACGUUCUCGACCCACAACGUUACUUGCUGCCCCGACAGCACAACCAUCCAAACCAUCAUCAAGUUCGAUCUCACAAGUCCAUCGUAACGUACUGAGCAACUCCAACAGUGAAAAAUCCUUGCUGUCACCCAUCUCCAGCUCCACGUGGAAUCCCUUCGGUGACCCCUCUUCGUUCAGUCCAAAUUCUACGCUAACCGAGGAUCAGUUAUUUGGAGCCGAGUUCGAUAAACUCCGCUUGGAAGGAAGUCAAACGUCUAUCGUCACGUCCCCCGAAGAGAUGAAAUCGGAGCGUACAUCAAUCGCAGCUGCUGUUCCGGCAUCUUGGCUGAGACAACCGCAACAUCAACGGUUUUCGCUGCCCACGCUAGCACAAGCUGCUUCCACUGGAGUUUUGGCCUCGUCGUCUACUGGUCAGGCAAACGAGAUGGGCUACGAGGAAGAUCCCUUCAGCUCGGCACCAUUUACGUUGCCAAAAAGAUUGAAGGAUAAAACUGGCCGAUCAUCUAAACUUUCAUCGAAAUUGAGUGAGGUAAUUUCAAGCGCUAGUGGUAGCAAUCUUUGGCGACAUUCCACCGGAGGAGGUAAGGAAAGUCUCAUUGCAGCAGCGCCGCCCGGGACGGUAUCCACUGAAAAUGGGAACAUGGACAACGGGGGCAUAGAAAUGGCAGACAAAUCUUCGCUGUUAGGCAUCAAACUAGACGAUUUGAUUAGUGGUGGAGAGAAGGGGUCGCCCAACUUUAUCAAACUUCCUCUUGAUGACAGGAAUAAAUACGAGAAAUUGAAUUCUAAUGACGUAACGUCGGAUGACAGUGAUGCGGAGUUUCAUGCGGACUCGACUGGAGGAGUGAAGAAGCAAAGCUUCAAGCAGUUUGUGGAGAGUAACAUUCCAGAGAAACUGCAGGCAGUUUACCAUAAAGUGGACAAAAGUCAGAUAAAAAACGUUCAGAUUGUCAAAAAAUUGCGCGGAAAAGUUGUGCAGAAAGAUGACACGAAAAAAGGACACCGGAAUAGCGGGGGCAGGAAGGGGAAAACAAAGAAUGAUAACAAAGAUGGGGAUGAUCAAAACAAUAGGGAGUCAGAUGAUUCUAUUGGUUCAGCGAGUGAUUUGAGAGCGAACGAUGAAUUCAUCGAUGGAGAUGAGACUGAAAAUGGGAAGGUGGUUACUGGUAAACCGGUUAAGAAAUUCAAUCGGCAUGCUUUUGGCGACGGCAGUGUCGAUGAUUGUAUAAGCGAGAGUAUCAAAACAUGUGGUUCAAGUGCCUAUCAUGCAGAGUGCGAAAGUGUGACAACUAACGAAGACAACACCAGUAGAAUCGUUACGCGAAUACGCGUUAAGAAGCGUGAGCAUGAUUCGAAGCAUAGCGUCAUUGAUGAGGAUGACUCCGGCGAGGAGGAUAUGCUUCACGGUGAUAAACCGCUUCUUCUGGAUGAUGAACUAGAUUACGAAUCUGCCCCUGAAACCAACACCAGUGGCGAGGAGGUACCAAUGGAUCCUUUUACGCCUGAAUCGCUACCGGACGAGAAGUCGGUCGAGAAGUCAACGGAAGAGGAUGAAGUCCAACUAGAUCCCUUUGCUAUGGCCCCGUUUCGCAAGCCAGCGGUACCAAAACGGAACAGUAUUAAAUUUAUGCCGAACAUUCACCCCAUUCCGGAGAGUUGUCCCACUUUUCCCAUACCCUCAUCGUCACCAGUAGGAGACUUUUGUACGUCUACACCGGUCAAACCUACACCGAUACGAUCUCAACCUACACCAACGGAAUUAUUGCUUCCGGUGUCGGUUCCACAAACCAUAAUCUCCCCUUUAAGUGGCGAACCUUCUAGUCCAAUGUCACCAAUUCUUCAAACUGAUUUGUUUGGAUCAGAACCGUUUCCUUUGCUUAUCUCAUCACAUCCAAUUUCAAUGCUGCCGUUGGAAACCGUUUCUAUUCCAACGGUUACUGUCGAACCGGGAUCUGUUACGUUAACGCACAUCAUUCCAAGCGCAAAAAAUCCAAUUCCAGCCUUGAUGCCAGAAUCAACGUCUACUGUUGGCCAGAAGCAACAGCAGCAGAGUUCACAAAUGAGCGCUCGGCAAAAUUAUAUAAACUACAGCCAAAUUUCGAUGCAAAACAUUGCAAGCAUAUCCCCCGACAAUAACUAUGUCAAUUUUGAUCCCGAUGACAAUGAUGAUGAUAUUCGAAAGCUUAAGUCGGACGAUUGUGACGACAGCAGCGACACGGUUGUGAAGAGUUCCUCUAAAGCCAGCGGAUUUCUCAGUAAAAAGGAAAAGGUUAAAUACAAUUCGUUGAAGGACAAGACGGGAGCCGAAAGCGAGGAUUCAGCUAGCGUUAGCUCGACCAGUUUUACCGGAAACCACGUGCUUGUGAUACCAGCCAAACUUAGCCAAAAAGUGAAAGUGAACGUAGGAGGUUACAAGAAAGUAACUAGCAAGGGAAGCAAGAAGGAAAAAUCAAAUGGCAUCGGCGCGGAAAAAUACGAAGAACUGCACUGUCCCAGCAAACCAAAUGGUAAAUCGUACUUGUCCAAGCCCGGCAAGAACAUGGCCUUCAGCAACAUGAGUUUCGAAGAUUUUCCCUCCGACGAGUCUUUGGAGGAGCAGCAGCCGGCAUCAUCCACAGCAGCAGCAGCAGCAGCAUCAAGUAAGAAAGGAGGUGGCGGUAAGCUGGUCAAAAUCGCUCCAUUCGAAGUGAUCCGGAACGAGAAAAUGCUGCUGGAAGCGGAGAAGAAAUUCGGCUCCUUGAAGCGGCGCAGUAAUCCAUUCUCCUGAUUGUACUCGGAGCCCACACAGAAAUGGAAGGGAUAACUUGGCAAUGAAUGGAUACAGGUGCGUAUGACUUCCUAGCGUGGCACUGAAUACCAUGCCGCUAUUUCUGAUCGCUUCGGUUUCAGGGACGGGCAGAUAAUCAUGUGUUCGAGGUACGAGUUUUACUAUCCAGAAUCGGCAAUGUAAUAAGCGUCCGGUCUGUAGCGAUCGAGGGUUUACUCAUUCUUUCUGAUCAACGUGUCUGGGGUUCGUAUACGUUCACAUAUAUAUUCAUUAAAUGAGGUAUCUCACAUUUUUCCGUAAUCUCGCGAAGUGGCGUAAGCACCAAAGUCGACAGUUUACUUCUUCGUUAUAGAUCUAUAAAGAAUACCAAAUAUUUCCAAAAAAUUCCUAAGUUUCACAGAAAUGAGAAAACAUGACCCCGUAAUAACUUGAAAUCGGAGUGACGUAGGUACCAAUAUUAAAAAUUCAAAACUUCCGAACACGCGAUGUCCGUUUAUUUCUCCCCAGCUAAAUUGGGUGCCGAGGGGAUCGUUUGAGAUUUCAUAUCCACUCGGAAGUCGGUUAUUUCUUUCCUUCUUUGUCUCGGUUUGGUUGAAUGGGUGUAGAGCAGUGUCUUAGAAUAUCAACAAAUAUUCACGAGUGACGAAUAUGAUUUUAUUUCAGUGUAAAUGUCUCUCUUUCAGCUUGAAACACACUGCCCUCAUUAUAUUGAUGACAAUAACAAACGAGUUCAUUUUGUUCAUAUCGCUAAUGCAUGAAAAAAAUGCUAUAAUGAAUGAAUGCGGCAUUGAGUGGGGUUCAUAAUUUCGCUGUUAUUUAUACAGUAGAACCCCGAUUAUCAGCGAAAUAGUUGGGCUAGGCCAUCGCGUAUAACGAAAAUCGCGGAUAAUGCAAUACAAGACUUAAAAUGAGGUACAAACACGAAAAAUAUAUAUUUUAGCAUGAAAACUAUGUUUCAUCAAUACAGAAAUUAUUGAACUAUCAAUCUGUGUGGUCGUGUACAUCAGUGAUCAGAUAAUGUGAAAGCCAUGACGAAAACAAAAAAGCAAGACUACCACUCACUGACAAAUUUCGGGAAGGUUUAUAGAUUUACUAGGGAACUCACUUUCGCGGAUAAUCCGCACCGCGGAUCAACCGCUCGCGGAUAAUCGAGGUUCUACUAUACUUUGAAUAUCAAAAGCAAAAAAAAUGAUAUUCAUCAUACUCGAAACGAUAUUCGUUGUGUCAUUGAUUUUGAGUCAAAAUUCAAAAACUAAAAAAAACAAUGGAUGGGUUAUACCUAUGAUAUAACCGUAAUGUUGACGUAGGACUGCCGUUGGCUUAAUAAUCUUUUUUUUUCAAUUAGCAAUAAUCGCGCCUAGGAUGUUUCUCAUUGUGUACGAUAUCGCCACUGUGCAGAGCUAUCUUUUGUGUGUAUUGAUUAAAUUAUUGAUUAAACUAUUGAUUGAAAGAAACAACUUACGAAUUCAAUUGCAAACAAAUCCCAAAUUAUAGUAGUAGUUAUCGCAGCAAAUAGUUAUCAACACUUUGCCUAAUCAUUAAACGGUAUGCGUGAGUGAGUGAGUGAGCUGGCGACAUGAAGGGAUAUCUUCCACUGCUGUCUUGCAGAUCCGAGCAAAAGCGAUGCAUUUGUACCCGCUUUUGUAGACCGUGUUAGCAAAACGAAUUUCGGAGUGUAAAAAUGCAUGGGGAUAUCAAAG